GGUGCUACUACAAUAGCUAGAAGAAAAGGGAAAUACUUGCCUCUGGACAAAGUCUGGGCUGAUGGCAGGAGCUGACUUGCCGGCAAAGACGUUUGCUUUAGAAGUGGCUCAAGUUACCUCUCUUUCACCAUGACUGAAACAAGCUUUGAAACAACCACAUUUAUGUACAGCUAUGAAAACUUUCCCAUCGCCUGUGACCAGAGGAAUGUCUUGGAUUUCGGGAUCAUCUUCCUACCCACUCUUUACUCCCUUGUCUUUGCCUUUGGCCUGGUGGGGAACAUGCUGGUGGUCCUUGCACUCACCAACAGCGGCAAACAUAAAAGCAUCACAGACAUUUACCUCCUCAACUUGGCAUUAUCUGACCUGCUCUUUGUCACCACCCUUCCCUUCUGGACCCACUACGUGCUAAAUGAGCACGGCUUCAACAAUGCCUUAUGCAAGCUCAUCACUGCCUUCUACUUCAUUGGCUACUUCAGCGGCAUCUUCUUUAUCACUAUCAUAAGCAUUGACAGAUAUGUGGCGAUAGUCCUGGCAGCCAACUCCCUCAAUAGCAGGACAGUCCAACAUGGCGUCGUAGUCAGUCUUGGCAUCUGGACGACGGCCAUCCUCGUUGCAACCCCCCAGUUCAUGUUCACUGAACAAGUGGAUAAUGAGUGUCUGCCUAAUUACCCUGACGUUCUUCAGGAUAUCUGGCCUGUGCUCCAGAAUGUGGAAACAAAUUUCCUUGGCUUCAUGGUCCCACUUCUCAUCAUGUGCUACUGUUAUUUUGGGAUCAUCCGGACAAUAUUUUCUUGCAAAAACCACAAAAAAGCAAGGACGAUCAAGCUGAUAUUGGUGGUGGUAAUUGUCUUUUUCCUCUUCUGGACACCUUACAAUGUGAUGAUCUUCCUGGAAACACUCAAAUACUACAACCUCUUUGAUAGUUGUGAGUUGAAGAAGGACCUAAGGCUUGCCAUGAACGUGACAGAAACAAUUGCCUUCAUCCACUGCUGCCUCAAUCCCUUCAUCUAUGCUUUUGCUGGCGAAAAAUUCAGGAAAUACCUUUACCAUUUAUAUAGGAAAUGCCUGUCCAUCCUGUGUAGUCAUGAUGCCCGCUCUCAGUUCCUAUCCCCUGACGCUCACAAGCGAGAAAGUACCAUCGUAAGUGCCAGUGUUACGAGCUACACAAGUGAGGGAGACGGUUCGAUCCUUCUCUGAAAGGCACCACAGAGCAGUCUCUCUAAGGUGAGCUGCACAAGAGUGGGAGAAGGAGAAACAUUCAUUGGGUCCCCCUAGGAAGCCACCUUAUGUAUAGAGAAGAGCAAUAAUACCUGUUCACAACUCUUGGGAAAAUGGAGACUGGCAGAGAUAGAGUGUCUCAGUCCUACCGUGCAUGCCUGCUUACUCCCAGGCUCUCCCCUCUUCAGUAAUGCCUAUGCACUUCCACCACAUGAAACAGCACUGUCACACGCCAUUCCCUUAUUAAAGAAACUCUAAGCGCUCCAGUUUGCCUACCCAACCAAAUGACUCCUUUUUCAAGCUCUCAAGGUCCUCCAAAGGAUCUGUUCCCACUUUCAUGAUGCAAACUAAUUUUCCAUCACCCUCCAACAUAGCCUGGGGCAGUGUGGUGUAGUAGAUAGAGCCUUGGAGGCAGAAAGCCCUGGCUUUGAAUCUCACUUUGGAGGCUUUUGAGCUAUGUGAUUAAGAGUGGGUCAUUUAAAGUCUCUGAGACUCUACUGCUCCAACUGUAAAAUGGGUGUGAGAAAAGCUCCAUUAUCUAACACACAGGAUUUUGAGAGUCAAAUGAGAUCAGUCAUAUAGAUUGCACCAGUAAACCUAUCGAUAAAUAUUUAGAUAAAUUAUUAUUAUGAACACAUCCAUGUAAUGUCAUGCAUCUCCUCAUUGUACCAUCUAUAAACCAUGCCUAUUUCCACUUCCAUUACUUGGUUGAUAAUAUUUGUAAAAUGUCUUUCCUACUCCACUCUGAGUAUCUGAAUCCUCCUUCCAAAUGGUCAUUUUUUGGCCACUUCAGCCCAUGACAGUCUUUGCCUCCCCUGGGCACUUAACGCUCCUACUUCCUUGGUGAAAUACUUUGCUUUCUCCUUUUUUUUUUUACUUGUUUGUUUGGCCUCCCAAGCUACGUAAGUUCCUUGAGGGCAAAGAUAGGUACUCAGCUCCAAUCUAAGGACAGAACACAUGCUCCAUAAAGACUUCUUACUUGAUUUACUAAUGCAUACUUUCAUCUAGAUCUUCUAACCUGACUCUUGGGACUUUUUCUUUGGGAGGUUAAGUGACUUGCCUAGGGUCACACAGCUAGUAAGUGUCUGAGACUGGAUUUGAACUCAGGUCUUCUU